AUGUCAGUUGAGAACGUGCCAGCACCAGUAGCUAUACUAGCAGAUAACAGCCCGGUAACAUCCUCCGCGCCAAUACAACCACAGCAGCAGCAGCAGCACACGCGGUCAAGCAGUCAGAUAUCAUCGCGACGCAACGGCGGAAAUAGCCGGCAACGCAGCGGCAGCAACAGCAGUGUCAAUACCGCCAAUCAAGCAAACAGCAAGCCACGGCAUUUUGGCCGCAGCAAUGCACAUCACCAGCAGCCCCGUAGUCAGUCACGAGCAUCAGCUAGAAAUGGCGCCAGUAGCAGAAACCACAGCCAGCAGCAGCAGCAGCAGCAUACAGUAGACCAGCAGAAAAAUGACAGCAACAAGGGCCGCCAGCACCGUGGCAAAAAGAGUGCAGGGACACGGCAUGAGAACCAGCAGGCAGAGGAGCACCAGCAAGACCACGGCGCAUCAGAAGAAAAAACAAGGCGCAGGCGCAACCGGAAGCGCAAGGGCGGGAAUGUCGGCGGUGGGCGGCAAUUCGACGGCAAACUGAGUGCCAAGACCGCAGCGCCGGCGGUUAUGGAGGACGAGGAUCUCGGAAGCUCGCUGACGCGGCAGCUGACGAACAGCUCAUACGAGUGCAUGAUAUUGCUGCGACAAGGUGCGGCCGCGGCACGCCAUCUGGCAAAGUGGGCCAAGUCAUGCACCGGCAGCGACGUGGGCGAUGGCAGCACUCGCUGGCGUUGCCCCGGCUGCCAGUACGCGCGGGCAGCAGCGCCGUCACACUACGUGUGUUUCUGCGGGGCCACCCGCGAUCCCGAGCCGGUCCGCGGCUGUGUUCCCCACUCGUGUGGGCGGCUAUGUGGCAAGAGCCGCGGCAAGCGAUGCCCGCACCGGUGCCCGCUGCCAUGCCACCCGGGGCCCUGCCCGCCAUGCACAGAGAUGGCGCCUGAGCAGUCGUGCUAUUGCGGGCGGCUGGUGUACCAGCCAAAAUGCGGCAGCAGCUACGACCCUGAGCUGAAUGUCAAAUCGUGUGGGAACAUCUGCGAUGAGAUGCUGGGCUGCGGCAAGCACAGAUGCGACAAGCCAUGCCACCCGGGGCUGUGUCCGCCAUGCCCGCGUGAUGAGCAGCAGAUGUGCUACUGCGGCAGCCACACGCGGACUGCCAAGUGCGGGGCAGGCCGGGUGCAGACCACAUUUGUCAGCGGCAUGGACGGACCGCAGACGGGAUUCUACAGCUGCGGCAAUUCCACAAGUGCGGACGGGCAUGCCAUGCGCUCCCCGACCCCAGCAGCGGCCAUGCCCACGGCGGACUGCCCGCUAGACCCGACGGUUGUCAGCACAUGCCACUGCGGGGCGACGCUGGCCAGCGAUCUGGGGCAGGCGCGGCUGACCUACCCGGAUGCGCCCACACGUGCAAUGAAAUCUGCCACGCUGGCCCAUGCCCACCCUGCACCGCAAAGGUCAAGGACGCCGUGCCGUCUGCGGGCGCGGCCCGGCAGCGGCCAGCAGCCAACAUGCCAGCGCGUGUGUUCGCGCAUGCGCGUGUGCGGGCGGCACCGGUGCAACGCCAAGUGCUGCGGCAGCGAUCACGUGGACAUCGACGGAGCGGUGAUUCCAUCCGAGGCCCUGGCACCGGGCACCACCGAUGCGCACCACGGCACCAGUGCUCGCAGCCUUGCCAUCGCGGGCCAUGCCCACCCUGCCUGGAGGCGAGCUUUCGACGAGCUGGCGUGUGCGUGCGGGCGGACGCGGCUGUAUCCGCCGAUUGCAUGCGGGACGACGCUGCCGGUAUGCCACCACCCAUGCACUCGCGUGCGGGCGUGUGGGCACAUCAGCAUGAUGUCUCACGAAUGUCAUCCCGACGACAUGAAGAACAUCCCAUGCCACCGCAGUGCUAUGGCCUCAUGCGGCACCAUCUGCAACAAGCUCCUGCCGUGUGGUGGCCACCGCUGCCAGCGCAGCUGCCACCGCCCCGACGAGCCAUGUCUGCGCGGCGGGCAGACUUGCCGCCAGGCGUGCGGAAAGCCGCGCAAGACUUGCGGGCAUCCACGCCCUGUCACUGUUGUGUGCGAGUGCGGCCGUAAGUCGCUGCGUGAGCUGUGUGGGUCGACUGCCGCCAACGGCCGCUCCGCCAUGCGUCGCAUCCCCUGCGACGAUGUGUGCAAAAUCGCCAUGCGCAACCGCCGCCUGGCGCUGGCGCUGGAUCUGCCCGACAAGGCCCAGGCUCCACUGGCCGGUCUGUUUGCCCGCUCCAACCUGACCUGGGUCCGCGAGAUCGAGGCCCAGGUCGGCGAAUUUGUCGGCGGCAGUCGUCGCCCUGUGCUGCGGUUUGCGCCUAUGAAGCGCAGCUACCGUGCCUUUCUGCACGCCCUGGCCGCCUUCUACGGGUGCUCCAGUCGCUCCAUGGACCGCGAGCCCGUGCGGUCAGUGUGCUGGGAACGCACCCAGCAGGCCACCAUCCCGAGCAUAGUCCUGUCCAAUGCCAUCCGCUACAUCACUCCGCCGCAGAUCGUCUGCAGCGAGCGCGUCAAUGCUGCCGACAACGACGACGAGUUCGAUGACUCGGCCUCGCACGUAUUCGAUGGCGUGGCUGCAUCUUCCAAUCCGGCCGCUGACCGCCUGCGCAAAAAGUUCGACUACCUGGUGCUCUCGGAUCUGAAACACGGUCUGACGCAGGAGGAGCUGCAGGGCGAGAUUGCUCGGCUGAUGCCCUAUGCGUCGUUUUCGCUGCGCUGGAAGGACCCGGAUGUCGUCGAGAUGUACUGCACCGACACCGAAAUGCGUGCCGAGCACCUUGUCAAGUGGGAGGGCCUGCUCAAACACAAACUGCCUUUCAUGGGCCUGGUUGGGUCUGUUGUCGGCGAGCGCUCUGUGCUGCAGCAGCCUGCUCCCUCCCAGCAGCCUGCAUCGAAACCUCCACACAGCCGGAAGGAGGCUGCUGUUCCAGAGGACUGGGAGUCGCUCAACAUCCCCAGCGACUCGGAGGAUGUCCCCGACGACCUCUAA